AUGUGGGCCAAAGCAUGUCAUCAGUUCUUGAGGAUCGACCAAGGACUUGUUUGGAAUCUCGCUGCAUGCCCCAGCACGCGCUGCCAGAUAGCGUCCUGCUCGUGGGCAUUGCCUUCAUCAGUUGGCAGACGAUCUGUUGCGAACACAAGAGAGAGCGGGACGUCGGCUGUUGCUCUCAGUCGGCAGUUGGCUGAACUGGCGAGGGAUCCCGUGAAGGACACUUCCAAGAAGCAGGAUGCCGCAGCUCUUUGUGAUCGAUUGGCCCGACGUUUGAAAGCGGAGUCUUCCAGCUUCCGGGCCCAAGAUGUGAUUCAGCUGGCUUCAUCUUUGCAGAAGCUGAGACAGCGGAACACCUUGCUUUUGGAGACUAUGGCCUCCCAUAUCCUCCGUGGCAUGGUCAGUUUUCCACUUUUCGGCCUGUGUAACAUCCUGAACUGUUUCGCUCGGCUGGGCUACCGGAACCAUCAGCUCAUGGACGGAGUGGCGAGUCAUACAGCUGACAGAGCCAACAAGCUAUCACCUAUUGACAUUGCAUCGCUAGUUUUUGCCUUUGCAGAAUUAGCACACCAACCGCGAAACCAUCUCCUCGAGGCUUGCGCCGCGCGGCUGCAGGACUGUUAUCUCGAGGUCAGUGGACCCAACUCCGCAAUCAUCCUCAACUCGUACGCUCGACUUGAGGAAUGCAACCCCGAUUUGUUCAAGGCUUUGUCCAGGUCCGUGGUGCAGACAGAGCCGAGAAGUUUCCAAGUGCAUCACCUUAGCCUGGUCAUGAAUGCUUUCGCCAAGUGCCUGGUGCGCAAGAGCCAAACGAUGCACGUGCUCGGCGACAUUCUGGCAUCCAGGACCGACGAGCUCAGCCCGCAGAAUGUGACUAACAUUGUUCAUGCAUUCUCCAGGUUGUCCUGCUACAAUGUACGGUUAUUUCAGAAUCUGGUCACCCGAGUGUCUUCUGAAGACUUGAAAGCCUACAAGUUGUACGAACUUGGGGUGCUUUGCCACAACUUGGCCAAGCUGCGGUCUGGCGGUCCGACGGUGUACAGUGCCAUGUUCGGGGAGUUGGCAAGGCGACCCGCAGAGGACUGGGAGCCCAAGGCGGUGGCACAGGUUCUAGAUGCGAUGAGACGUCGAAGCGCAUUCAGUCACGAGCAGCUGCUGGUUUUGCUGUUCCGAUGUUUCUUCAGCAACUUGGAUGCUUAUCCAGUGCAUCCAUUGACACAGGCAUCCUGGUGCUUCGUGGAGUUGGAUGCCUUGAAUCUCGCGAAAGACUUGUGUCCAGAUAUGCCCAGCGACGAGUCAACUCAAGGCUUCCCAGAGGGGCGCUUUGCCAUGAGAAGGAUCUUCGAAAGGCUGGAGGACCUCAAUGCCCACAACACCUUCACGCCCACUCAGAGAUGCCAUGUCCAGCAGCUAAUCCGGGCAUACAGAUAUCGCUUCGAGUUGGACUACGGCUUAAUGCCCCAGAAGGUAAAAUCCUUCUGCAAGUCACAGUUUGAUAUCUCAAACUCUGUGGCGCCAGCCUUAGAACAUCUCAGGCAGACGUUGCUU